GCACUUCAUCUCCUUGUUCUUGUUUUUUGUUUCCAAAAAAAGUCUUUUCAAAAUCUAUUUUAUCUUCUUCAAGUCCCGGAGCUGCCUCUUUUUCCCUUUCUUUUUUUUUUUUUUCUCCUAUUAUUUAUAAAUAUUUUAAAAAUCCUAAGAACAGUUUUUAAUUUUUAAUUCUUGUUUUUGUGUUUUUCUUUUGAUGCUGGCAUGGCCGGUCUUGAUUUGGGCACUGCUUCUCGUUAUCUACAUCAGCUCCACAGAUCCGACCUCCAUCUCCAGCACAAUCCAGAAACCGAAGAUCAUGAUGGUGGAGCUGGCGCCGGUGGUCAGUUCACCGCCGCUGAUCAAGAGGAUGAUGGCAGUCAUCACCAAGGUUUAGACCUUGGCAACGUGGGGACCAACUCUGGGUCUGGUGACAUCGUGGCCCGGAGGCCACGGGGUCGCCCACCGGGAUCCAAGAACAGACCUAAGCCUCCGGUUAUUAUAACUCGGGAGAGCGCAAACACGCUCCGAGCUCACAUUCUUGAAGUUGGAAACGGCUGCGAUGUGUUUGACUGCAUCGCGAACUAUGCUCGGAGACGGCAGCGUGGAAUCUGUAUUCUCAGCGGAAGCGGGACGGUCACCAACGUGAGCAUUAGGCAACCCGCGGCGGCUGGCGCUGUAGUCACGCUUCAUGGAAGAUUCGAGAUAUUGUCACUCUCCGGUUCGUUCUUGCCUCCUCCGGCUCCUCCAGGUGCAACCAGCUUGACAAUCUAUUUAGCUGGCGGACAAGGGCAGGUGGUUGGAGGCAGUGUGGUUGGGGAGCUUAUGGCGGCAGGGCCAGUGAUCGUGAUGGCAGCAUCUUUUACGAAUGUGGCCUACGAAAGACUGCCGUUGGAGGAGGAUGACCAGCUUCAGAUGCAAGGUGGUAGUGGCAGCGGUGGGAACAACAUGUUUGCGGAUGCUGGAGCAGGAGCCCCCGGUGGGUUUCCGUUCCUCAAUUUGCCUCUGAACAUGCCGCCUAAUGUGCAGUUACCGGUUGAGGGGUGGCCCGGAAACUCAUCAGGAGCUAGGCCUCCUCCAUUUUGAGAUGAAAUCUGUGAACUGCAAUAUGAAGAUUGAACAUUGAAGCAUGCAGUUUGCGGACGGAAGAGUGAAAAAAAACUUUUGGAGCAUAAAAGGCAUCAUCUCGUGUCCUAAUGUCGAUCCAUCAAUGUUAAAUUUAGGAUAUCCAUUUGGUGUGGGAAGAAGAAGAAGUUCAGUUAAUUGGCUCUAAAUCAUAUUAUUUGAAGAUAACAAUAGAUAGCAGUUCUUCUU